AAUCAUGGCGUCGAAAAAGACAGAAUACUUACUCCCUAGCACUAAAGGGAGCUAUCGAUCGAUAAUCAUGGAUGACAUCAGGGACUUAUACAAACUAGUGUCAAGCUUACCUUAUGAUAUCCUCAGUGAUGUUGGUUCAAGCCUAGUGUCCCAAAGUAGUUGUAUUAGCCCUAGUAGCCUGUAAGAAGGAACGUAGACAUGAUUUCCUGCUGAAAAUGGUCUUCUCUUCACGCAGACUUUACCUUCGGCAAAAGAAUCUUAGUUGCCAUCCAGAAUGGGGAUCUGCAGCUGAGGAUUAUUGACAGAAGCUUCUGCUGAAAUGCAACAUAGAUCUCACUCUUGUUAUUAUAUUUAAUAUUUGGAUUUUUCUUUAGAUUAAGGUUCAAGAUGAUGGACACAAGUGCGCCGGAGUCGUUGUCUCUCACCGUCCAGUCGGACGAUGACGACGAUGGCUGCAUGUCGGGUACUAGCUCCACCUAUGGCGACAGCUCUGACUUCAUGACGGCAGCGAUGAACGAUGACGUGACGGCCCAGUUAGCGGCAGCAGGUUGGCAUAAACAGCACAGUCACGGGCCUAUAGGCAUGGCAGCAGCAGCGGCCAUUGUGUCUGCUAAGAAAAGGAAACGUCCACAUUCUUUUGAAACCAACCCGUCGAUACGAAAACGUCAACAAAAUCGGUUGCUCCGGAAACUAAGGCAAACUAUAGACGAGUUCGCUACCCGGGUAGGCCAGCAAGCCAUUGUCUUGGUAACAACGCCAGGAAAACCUAACAACAGCUUCAAGUGCUUCGGAGCCAAGCCCUUAGAGGAUGUGGUGAAGAACCUGAAGACGGUGAUCAUGGAAGAGUUAGAGUCAGCGUUGGCUCAACAAGCACCUCCCCCGGCACAAGAGGACCCGACGUUGUACGAGCUGCCUCCUCUCAUCAUAGACGGCAUCCCCACCCCUGUGGAGAAAAUGACGCAAGCACAGUUACGAGCCUUCAUCCCUCUUAUGCUCAAGUACUCAACAGGAAGGGGAAAACCAGGAUGGGGUAGAGAGUCAACGAGACCGCCUUGGUGGCCCAAAGAGUUACCUUGGGCAAACGUUCGGAUGGACGCUCGACCGGAGGAGGAAAAACAGAAGUGCCGUAAUUUGCAGAUCUCGUGGACUCACGCCUUGCGCCAGAUCGUCAUCAACUGCUACAAGUACCACGGCCGGGAGGACCUGCUGCCGGCCUUCACUGAUGACGAGGACAAAAACGGAAGCUCGGUGGGCGUCAGACAAAGGGCGGACACCCCUCCCCCCUCCCCUACAACCACUCUGACGACACAGGUGACAACACAGUACUCGCCAACCGUCCUGCAGACCAUCAGCAACCCUGACGGAACUGUCAGCAUCAUACAAGUAGACCCCAACAACCCCAUCAUAACUCUGCCUGAUGGAACUACGGCUCACGUUCAGGGAGUUGCUACUAUUCACACGGGAGGAGGGGAGUCAGGUACGGUCCAUGCAGUUCACACAUUAGCAGAGGUGGCUUCAGGGGACGGGGGUGUGGCUGUAGAGCUCAACAACGUCACGGAGGCAACUCUCAACCAGGAGGGCCAACUGAUACUGACCGGGGAAGACGGUCACGGAUACCCAGUGUCAGUGUCGGGUAUGAUCUCAGUCCCUGUGAGUGGAGGUGGUGGCAUGUACCAGACUGUAGUAGCGAACUUCCAACACAUACAGACCAACUCUGAUGGCACCAUGCAGGUCGUCACACCCAUCAUGCAUGUGCCCAAGGUUGAGCCUGGUACUGGAGGCACACAGCAGCUAGUCAAUAUAGGCGGAGAGCCACAGAUGCUACAGGUUUUGUCACUGAAGGAGUCCGCAGCACUUAGCAAAGUUCUGGCUCAGAGUGGGGGAAACAUCAAACCUGAGGAGGCUCCUACGAUCACUGGCGACCAGUAGCUGUUUUAGGUGCCAAUUUAAUACCACAUUCGUCUUAAAAAUCAGCAUUGGAGACAAGUUGUCUACAUAUCAAGUUUCAUAUUCAGUAGCUGGGAUUGUCAUUCACCGCUUGGCUUCUGAUGGAGAAGUCUGGAGAUGGUCUACCACAGCUUAGAGUACUUCAGUUUUUGUUCUAUAGUGAUGAUUUAACAAUAUACUAAUUAUAUUAUUUUAUCAGAUAACCGACUGUAUAAAGUUACUGAAGGUUUGCUUUAUGAAAUCUGAUAAAUCGUAGCUAUUAAUUUAAUUUUUUUGGGAUUCAAAUUUUGUCUACUGUAGAUUUUAAAGUUUUUCUGUGUUGGGUGAUUUUUGAAACAACAGUUUUUAGGGUCUAUAUUUUAUACUCGCUACAAGAUUGGUUUCAGCGACUGUGGCACUCUAGCAAGUGAGGAUUACAUUCUCAAUACCUUUUGCUUUGGGGGAGCGAGCUGGUGUAGUGGUUAGAGCGCCAGACUUCGGUCCUGGGUUCAAAUCCUGCCAAAUCACCAAUGGAUUUUAUCUAAGUGAUAGUGCCGCAACCCCUAGGUCUAGCCUGAAGUAAUGUGCAAAACAAUCCCGGACUCGUGCCUAGCGUCCUAGAAAAAAAAAUACCUAUCGCUUUAGUCACUUACAGCCAUAGUUAGACAACUUGUACAGUUCAGUGAUUAGUUCCUCUCGGGAGUGCCAUACCACAGUUACCCUCAUUGACUACGGCUCGAAACCAAAAAGUGUGUUUGCGCGAGUGGUUGUGUGUCUGUCCAUGGGUUUAUUCAUUACGGUGUUUCAAAGGCACUCGCUUAAGAGAUGAGUGAUUUGAUUUUUUUCACAGGGCGUUAACUAGUAGACUGUAAAAGGCAGGUCUCCAAAGGAUUUUCCAAUAUUGUGAUAAUUUAUUUUAGAUGUAGAAGUUACCUGAAGGUACGAAAAUAUGUCAAAUAACACUUGUAAUAAAUAUAUUUACACAUACUGUUUAAUUAUCAAUUAUUUAAAAUGGGGACGCCACUAUAUGCGUAUUUUAACCCAAAUAUGAGUGUAGGAUGAGUAGCGCGAUGUGUACUCACAUAAAUACAUAUAAAAGAUUAUAAGUGUUGAUCAAUUUCGAUUGGACACUCCAAUCAUUACAGGACCCAAUAAGCGAAUGACGAGGUGACAAAUUUAAUAACUUCU